UGGCCUUUUCAUAGCAUGCAACUGGGUGUGUUGCUGUCGCUGGCAGGUGUAGAAACAGGUUGGGCAGGUUGUUUCCUGAAUGCCACUCUGUUAGGCCCUCCUCUCUCUGUCCCUGCUUCUCUUACCAGGACGACUGCUGAUUCACUCUCACAUAGUGGCAGGUCAGUGAAGCGAUUUUGUUUCUUGUCCACCUGUUCUCAUCUGAUACAACCAAAAAAUAAGAGUGAAACCAGAGUGAAAAUGAAACAUUUAAAAAUCACAGCAGUCCUCCUCCUGCUUGUCCAAGUGUUUCACUUGGCAUUGCUCCAAGAUUCAACCGACUCCCCGGGACGCACUAUUGAUAAAAGCUGGCUCCGUCAGAAACCCAAAAAUACAGCUCAAAAUGAAAAUACUCAAUUUCCUGACGAAGAAAGUGAAAAUUAUCAGGGGACUGAUGCUCCACAGUUUACUAACAACUUCAUAGCAUCUGGCUCUAUGGCAAUUAAUUCUGAAGAAGUUGAGAGUGGAAAUGAAACACAUGAGUAUUCUGAUAUUGUGACAACUCCCAACCUGGUAUCUGAAAGAAGUGCAACCAAGCAACCAGAACUGUUAAAUUCCACUAUUCCUAGUAUGACUACAAUUUUCUCAAACUUGAGCCAAACAAACAUGACAGAAGCCAAGGAGGAAUUAAAUUCAACAGUGAUAACAGCAGACAACUCCACCAGCUUUCCAUUUUUCUCCAAUGACACUGAAUUACAUUUGACAACCUUGGCUCCAGAGAACAAUACCACAGAGGAAUCCACAACACCACCAUAUGCAGAUAAAGGGUUAACAAACCAUACUGGUUCUACAAACACAACUGGGAUAACCACAGCAGCACCGAAGACAUCCAAGACAUCCACCACAUCUACAUCUAGAACAGUGUUGCCCUCUGGGACCUCAGAUAUGAGCACCAUGACUAUGACUUCUUCUCUUCCAAACACACCUGAGAGGGUGAACAAGACCGGGAAAGGUGCAAGCAGCUCAAAAAAAGAUUUGGAUUCACAUCUUUACCAGAGUAAAAGGAAUGUGGCGUGGGUAGCUGUGCUGGGAACGGCAGCAGCCAUGGCCUGUGUGGGAUUGGUGGCCUACAUCAUCCUGAAAAAGAAACACCAGAAGGGUUUCACUCACAGGAAGCUGGUGGAGGAGUACCCUUCAGACCCAGUUCUCAGACUGGACAACAGUGAACCUUUGGACCUGAACUUCGGUGGUUCAGCCUAUUACAACCCAGGACUCCAAGGGGACAGUAUCCAAAUGACCAACUUUUCUGGACAGCGUUAAAACUGAGGACAUCCAAGAAUAAAGUCAUAAACUUACCUGAAAAAAGUCUGCCAGUUUUGGUACUGCCAUGAAAGAGGCAUCUUAGAAUAUGUUCUUUUUUUUCUUGAUAAAACUGUCUUAAAGCUACAUUUGUGGAUGGGAAAAGGUAUUUUAUAUAUCUGAUGUCAGUUACCAGAAUUCAUAUUUCAGAUGCAGAAUAUGUAUUGUAUAGAUGUGUAUAGAUUUAUUGUACUUAAAUAGAAUGAUUACUGAAGGCAAUAUGUGGUGUACUGUUAUAGCCAAAAUGUCAUAUUUAAGUAUGUUGCCAAAAAGAAUCAAAUGAAGGCUUUCAGAAUGAAGAAUUUUCUUCACCAACAGUAGGGAGGAAAUUAUUAUUUGUUUUAACGUUUCAUCUAAUUUUAGUUUCUUUUAAGAAAAUAAUUCAGAAAAUUAUUCUAAAGCAAAAUUUGAAGACAGAAAACAAAAAGAUGAAACAACAAAACAACAACAACAACAAAACAAACAAACAUUAGAAUAUGUCUAAUGCGAAUAAAUACGGCCCCAGCUGAUCAAAAUAAAAAAAAAAAAAGAAAGAAGAAGAAACAACAAAAAGCCAUUGUCCUGCUGUUGUAAUAACGGAUGACAGCUGGCCCAUUGAGGCAUUUGAAACCAAAUUCAGAAGGCACGGUGAACAAUAACAUUAUCCAUAUCGUCAAUCACCUGCUGUUACAGCAUGAGGCAGGCAAUAACAAGUCAAAUUGAAACUGCUUUUGGAGAUAUUCUACAACUGGUAGCCAGAAUCUGAGAAUUGAACCGUCAAAACCAAAGACCUGUUUUUUUUCCUUCACCAGUGAGGGAGGUGGAGGAGGGCUGUUGGCUGUUUUGUUAUUCAUAGACUGAGAUUUUGGUAUUCUGAAAGGAAGUUAUGUAUCUGGUCCUCACACCACUCGGCAGUAACAAUUAUAUCACUAUUAUUCAUUACUCAAGUCUUCCGACCUCCAGGUGUCUAAACUGAUUUGACUUUGUCUUAUUGACAGUGUGCACUUUAGAGAAGUUAGUGUUUACUUGCUAAAUAGCCAGGACAAAAUUAUAAAUAAAAACCAUAACUAUUCUUUUUUUUCUUUUAUUCUAACUUUGCUUUAAGAGAACCUUAUGAAUGAAAAUAUUCUCUUAUGAUAAUAUGCAGGGAUUAACCAUGUUUUUGUCUUAUGUAUCUUAUUUUUUAAAGAAAAACAUUGUAUUACAUUGUAUACGUCAAGAAAAUUUACCUUGAAAAUAAAUCUUUUCGCUCCUUCCA